AUGGGGUUAACGUUCCCUCCCUACGUCAGCGGGACAAUAGGAAGUGUGGCAUUCACUUCCUGCCGCUCAGCCAUGGCGUCUGCUGAUCUGAGAGAGGAGCUGAACUGCUCCAUCUGCCUGGAAGUCUACGCGGAUCCGGUGACCCUGAGAUGCGGACACAACUUCUGCCGGUUCUGCAUCAACGAGGUGCUGGACUCUCAGCGAUCCCAAGGGGGGUUCAGCUGCCCGCAGUGCAGAGCGCGGUUCAAGCGGCGUCCCUGGCUGCAGAAGAACGUAACUCUGUCUAACAUCGCCGAGCACUUCCGGUCGGCUCCGCCGUGCGAGAACGGGAGCGGGACCUUCUGCACCUCCUGCAUCCACGCCGCCGUGCCGGCCGCCAAAUCCUGCCUGCACUGCGAGGCUUCCCUGUGCGGGGACCACCUGCGCGUCCACAGCAAGUCCCCGGAGCACAUCCUCAUCGAGCCCAGCAAUUGCCUGGAGGCCUGGAAGUGCCCCGUCCACAAGAAGGUCCUGGACUACUACUGCAUCGUGGACUGCAGCGUCAUCUGCGUCCUGUGCAUGCAGGAGGCCAAGCACCAGGGCCACGAGGUGCAGACGGUGCGCGUCGCCUCCGCCUCCAAGGUGGAGAAACUGAAAAACGUCGUCAAGCAGUUCGAAGCCAACAGGCAGAAGAACAAGCGGCAGAUCCAAAAGCUGCAAGAGGGCGCGGACAAGGCCAGCGCGGCGGGGGCCCGCGUGUCGAAGCGCGUGGCUUCCGUGUUCCGGGAAAUCCGGGAAAAGCUGGACGCCCUGGAGGACCAGACCAGCAAAAACAUCGCGCAGCAGCUGCAGCGCAACUCGAACGCCGUCCACACCGAGAUCCAACUGCUGGAGAUCAAGAACCACGUGAUCUACUGCGAGAUGUCCCGCCUCCAGGAGUUCUGUGAGGUGACGGAUCCGAUGGCCGUCCUGCGGGACCGCGAUUGGAACAGAGACUUUGCCGUCCCGGAGAAGGGAGGCGAUGGAGCCACGCCGGCGCCCGCAGACCUGGACGAGGUUCUGCUCUUUCUGCAGCUGCAAAGAAAGUUGUCAGGGGUUCUGUCCGGGGUCCGCGCCGCCCUGGACACGCUCCAGUUAUCCAACCUCCGCUUCGACGGGAAGACGGCGGCGCCUAACGUGGCCCUUUCCUGCGACCUGUCGAUGGCCCACGGAACGCCAGCCAGUCCCGGUGAGGAGGAGGAGGACACGGGGGACAGAUUGGACUCUCAGCGGGUGUUGGGCACCACGGCGCUCCAUUCCGGGCGCCAUUACUGGGAGGUGGAGCUGUGGGACAGCAACAGGUGGAGGAUAGGCAUGGCCUACAACGUGACCGGGAACGUGGAGGAGGCCUGGUGCCUGUGCAGAGGCCAGAAAGGCUACUUCUUCAAGCAGGAGGGCAAGCACGUGCCCGUCCCCAAGACCUCCGACACGUUCAAGAGGCUGGGCGUAUACGUGGACUACAAGGGGGGCCGCCUCUCCUUCUAUAGGAUGGAGCCGGAGGUCAGCCACGUGCACACUGUCCACACCGUCUUCACCAAGCCUCUUUUUGCCGCCGUGUGGGUGGGCUGCGGGGCCUGGGUGAAAAUCAUCAGAUAG